AUGGCCGCCUCAGCUCUCCUGAAGAGUAGAUGCAGAAGAGCGAGCUAUCUAAAUAAAUUGACCAAGGCUGAAGAUCUCAUUGAUCUAUUCCCUCACGGUUCAUAUAUCGGUUGGUCGGGCUUUACAGGCGUGGGAUACCCCAAAAAGGUGCCAACCGCUCUCGCCGACCACGUCGAGAAGAAUGGCCUCCAAGGCAAGCUCAAGUACAACCUCUUUGUGGGAGCCUCGUCCGGGGCAGAGACCGAGAACCGAUGGGCUCGACUCAACAUGAUUGAACGCCGCGCCCCGCAUCAGGUCGGCAAGGAGAUCGCCAAAGGCAUCAACAACGGCAACAUCAAAUUCUUCGACAAGCAUCUCAGCAUGUUCCCGGUCGACUUGAUGUACGGCUUCUACACUAAGCACAAGGCCAACAACCGCCUGGACGUGGCCAUCGUCGAAGCUUCGGCCAUUACAGAGGACGGCGGCAUCAUUCCUGGUGCCAGUGUUGGGGCGUCUCCGGAAAUCAUCCAGAUGGCGGACAAGCCAUACCUGAUCAUGGCCCCAGAGGACCGCAUUGGAACACCACACAUCCCUGUCGACCCCGAGCGCGUGGUGGCUCUCGUUGAAUCCGAUUAUCCCGAUCAAACAACCGAGAAUGCUCCCGAGGACGCAACCUCUGCGGCCAUCGCGCGCAAUCUGAUCGAAUUCUUGGAACAUGAGGUCAAACAUGGCCGGUUGCCACCGAACCUGCUGCCUCUGCAAUCUGGCAUUGGUAACAUUGCAAACGCUGUGAUUGGCGGUCUGGCUAAAGGAGGAGCCAACUUUAAGAAUCUGAAGGUGUGGACGGAAGUGUUGCAGGAUUCCUUCCUCGACCUCUUUGACAGUGGCAAUUUGGACUUUGCCACUGCGACGUCCAUUCGUUUCUCUCCCGGAGGAUUCCAACGCUUUUAUGAUGGCUGGGAGAACUAUCACUCCAAACUCAUCCUCCGAUCUCAGCAAGUAUCAAACUCGCCUGAAAUCAUCCGCCGGCUCGGUGUGAUCGGCAUGAACACCCCCGUCGAGGUCGACAUCUAUGCUCACGCCAACAGCACCUGCGUCCUGGGCUCGCGGAUGCUCAACGGGUUGGGUGGUUCAGCCGACUUCCUCCGUUCUGCCAAAUACUCCAUCAUGCACACUCCCAGUACACGACCUUCCAAGACCGAUCCCCACGGUGUGAGCUGCAUCGUGCCAAUGUGCACGCACGUCGACCAGACGGAGCACGACCUGGAUGUUGUCGUGACUGAAAUCGGCCUAGCGGACGUGCGAGGAAUGAGUCCACGAGAAAGAGCGCGCGAGAUCAUCAAGCAGUGCGCCCACCCGGAGUACCGCCCCAUCCUGCAGGAUUACUUUGACAAAGCCGAGUUCGAGUGCUUGAGGAAGGGCAUGGGCCACGAGCCGCACCUCCUCUUCAACACUUUCGACAUGCACAAGAACCUGGUGGAGAACGGGACCAUGAAGAUCAACGGCUGGAAAUAG